CGUAAACCCUUACUCCAGGGGCGUCUUCCCCCAAAGGCUAAAACCCCAGAAAGAGAGAGAGAGAGAGAGAGAGAGAGAGAGAGGGAGAGAGAGAGAUGAGGGAUCUCGAAUUGUCACUGAACCAGGGCCAAAGGGUGAGGCUGAAGAAGGCGCUUCAGCAGCUUCAGGAUUGCUCUUCAAAGGUCCAAUUCUCCGCUCCCGUGACCGUUGCGGAUACCAUCCCCGUGAACCAGGAAGACGGCGUUCUCAAGGGCCAUGGGACAUCUGAGCUUAACGGUGAAGUUGUGGCGACUGUAUGUGGUCUGGUUGAACGUGUCAACAAGCUGGUCCUGGUUCGUCCUUUCCGCUCCAGGUACAAGCCUGAAAUUGGAGAUAUUAUUGUAGGACGUGUCAUUGAGGUUGCUCCCAAGCGCUGGAAGUUAGAAAUAAAUUUCAGCCAAGAUGCAGUUUUAAUGCUUUCCUCCAUGAAUUUGCCAGAUGGUAUCCAGAGGCGGCGCACAGCUCUGGACGAACUUAACAUGCGUACUAUCUUCGAGGAGAAUGAUGUCAUCUGUGCUGAAGUUCGUGGUUUCCAGCAUGAUGGAAGUUUGCAUCUUCAGGCACGAAGCGAGAAAUAUGGAAAGCUGGAGAAAGGCUUGUUGCUGACAGUCUCACCUUACUUAGUUAAGCGCCGUAAACAGCAUUUUCACUUCCUUGAGCAGUUUGGUGUAGACUUGAUUCUUGGUUGCAAUGGAUUCAUAUGGGUUGGUGGGCAUGCUGGCAGCGAGAAGGAUUACACUAUUGAAGAAGAACAUUCCAGAUCAGAUCAAAAUAACAAAUCUUGUGAAAGCUCAGCAACUGUUGAGGAUAUUCCCCUGACGGUACGAGAAAAUAUUUGUAGGAUCGCAAAUGCAGUACGCAUAUUGUCUGAGCUAGGUUUCUACAUCUCUAUGGAAGUGAUAAUGGAUGCUGUUGAAGCAAGCAUUGGCUGGAAUUUUGAGAUAAGAGAUAUGCUUGGUGCUGAAUUUUAUGUGAGAAUUGCGGAGAGAGAAGCUCAAAGAAGAAAAUCCCAGUCCAAAAAGAAGAUAUGAUGUUCGAUUUUGUCUUUUGAAUCAGUGUAAUCUUUUGUCCCAAAUCAAGGGGAUAUGUUCUUUCAUGUAACCAAAGAAGUGCGUGAUCAUCCUAUGAAAUGUGAUCAGUUCAUCUAGAA